UGCACAUAAAGUUGGUGCCCCACCACCCUCGGCGCCCAAAUCGCCUGCUCACUCCCCGAGCGGCUCUUGGCUUGUCUGACUGAGCUCUCUCUCUCUCUCUCUCUCUCUCUCUCUCACAGGUGUUUCAAAGAUGAUGAAGCUUUCUUCUCGUCUAAUCCAACACUCAAGGAACCAGUUGUCUAGAAAGCUCUUAUAUGGGAAAGAUGGUGAUGUUAAAGAUAUGCUAUCGUUGCAUUCAUUUUCACAUCGGGCUGGCAUUUCAACUUCUGGGCAGAAUAUUGCUGUCAAAGGAAGUAUAGGAGAUCGGAUAUUUGCUCCUUAUACUAUUUUCAAGGGAAAAGCUGCACUCUCUGUGGCUCCCAUGCUUCCAACAUUUACUAAAUUGGAGUCUGGUAGUCUUGUGGUUGAUCGCCGUGGUUCCAUAAUGUUGACAUUCAUGCCUGCCAUUGGUGAGCGCAAGUAUGAUCGGGAGAGGAGACAGGUUUUUUCUUUGUCUGCAACAGAGGUUGGAUCUUUGAUAAGCUUGGGUGCCGAUGAGUCUUGUGAAUUCUUCCAUGAUCCUUCAAUGCUAACGAGUAAUGCUGGACAAGUGAGGAAGAGUUUAUCCAUUAAGCCUCACGGAAAUGGUAGUGGCUAUUUUAUUGCAUUGAGUGUUGUCAAUAACCUUUUGAAAUCCAAAGAUAACUUGGGUGUUCCUGUCACAACUGCUGAAUUUGCCGUUAUGAAGACAGCUUGCAGCUUUGCAUUGCCUCACAUUAUGGGUUGGGAUCGGUUGACAAACAAAAUGCCAAGAGGUACAGAAGGGCAAACAUCUAUGAUUGAUCGGCAAGCUUUGAGUUUAGAGUGGGACAAAUGAGGCAAUAUGUGCCAAAUUCUCUUAGUGAUAUAGUGAUUUUAUCACUCAUUUUGCCAACUGUAAACGACACUUGAGCUUGUUAAAUCCUGUGCUUCCUGUACUUUCAUGUAUUUUGUUUCUUUUUCCAUAGAAGAAAUCGUUGUUAUGUGAAGUUCUUGGGAUUUACUCUAAAUAGCAAAAAUUGAAUGUGCCACCAA